GGUGCAUCUGUGGAAUACAGGAUAUCUCUGGGAGUGGUGUUUAUAAACAAAAUCCUAAGUUUGUUGAACUGUUGCGUAAACGGCAAGAAACAAGGAAGAUUUUAUUUUAAAGUACUGUUUGAGUUAACUAAAAAAAACUAAAAUGUUUCGGGAAGAACUGGAUCAAGAUAGUGGUUACAGCAUUGUACUUUUCCUCGUGGAGAAUGUGCGAAAUACGCCGGAACUCAGGAAGCUGGUGAUUAGUGGUGAUUUGGAGUGUUGUAUCGUAAAACCAAGUUUAAUUGUAAAUCCGUUUCAAGUGGUGGUUGCCGCAAACAAGGCAGUGAUAUCAAUGGGGCGCGGUAAAAUGAGUACGAGGAACAUAUAUACCGAAAUUUUGUAUAACUUAUCGCCAACUAAGCAGAUUUCCCAGUCGCUAAUAAAAUUUGGGAUAGAUGAUAAAGAAGAUCGUAUUCUUGUUUGUGUUUUGGAGAAAUGCGGUGAAAAGAAAGCGGAGAAGGUGUUGGAAAAAAUUCAAGGCGAUGAAUGCCCUAUAUACCAACUAAGCAAAUUUACGGAUGAAAUGCUUGUCAAGAAAACGUACAAAAUCAACGACAGUGAAUGCUAUUCAUCUAAUAUUUUAGACUCCGUUGUCAGUCGAAUUUCUACUAAGGAAAUAGUUGUAUGAUAGUUUCAUUACAAAUCAUGCUGUAGGUCUACUUAUUCUUAUACGUCAGAGAGAUUGUUUUAUAUCAGAUAUUUGUAUAUCAGUUUGAGUGGAUACGUAAUAUGGUGAACCAAGUCGACAAUCUCAUGUUGAUACAAUGGAUUUACAGUUUGCUUAGGAAAGAUGAAUCCAAAAAUGUAAAAAGUGAUUAAUGCACUUCUUAUGAAUUUCAACGUUUUAUGUUGAAAGCUCUUUUAUGCAUGCAUGGCAGUUAUUGAUUCUUGGGUUUCAGAUGAAUUAUUUCCAUAUAGUGUAAAGCCAUACAGGCAAAAAUUAAAAAAUUAUUGACUGGCUAUAAAAAAGUUAUCACGAAAAAUCAGAUGUAAUUAAGCUAGGCGAAUAUUGUAUCAUCAUAACUAAUGCAAAAGUUAUGAUGAAGGCUCUUGUUGAAAUAUUCAGUAUGACCAGUGUAGAAAAGAUUCUUCUCUAAGACAAUAUUUAAGCAGCGUGUGAUGUCUCUAAUAGGCACAGAGUUGGGCAUUUGACACACAAGCACUACUGGAGUUUAAAGGAUACAAUUUACAAAAUUACCAUUCAAUAAGGACUAAUAAUGAAAAUAAUAAGAGUACGAACUUUUUGUAGAAUUUGUUUGCUGUGGCUUUACUUUGAGCAAUUUGACACUAUAUACAUUGUGAUCUGGAGUUGAUUAAUGGUAAGCAGGAGAAAUGGUUCACUUACAUAAACAGUUUUGUCUGAAAUUAUAAUCAGAUGAUAAAAAUUUAAGGUUUUGCCUUCAUAUUACUAUUACUGGUUUACAUAAAUGAACACAAUUACAGCAGUUUGUCCGUAUAAGUCACAGUGCCAUGCAAACAAUCUGGCUUUUCACAAAAUGAUAUUUUGUCAUAAGCUAAAGUAUUUGAUUAAUGAACGGUCUUUGUUAUCUGCAAAUAUCUCUCACAGAAAAAUGCUUGAGAUGUGUUUUUCAGUGGAACAGCUCACUGCCUUUGUAAUGUAAAAAUUUCUCUGUCACCAAUUGAUAGUGUGUUUUUAUGUGCAAGAACUACUAAAGCUUUUGUAGAUAUUGCCAAAGUCGGUAGAUGUUUCAAUGCAACUUAAAGAAGAAAAUAUAAAAUGUGAUAUAUACACAGUAAGAGAUGUUUCCAAUAAGAUUUGUCUCUUGCUAGAAUGAUACAGAAACAACAGAAGAGUAUAUAUUGAGAGUGUAAAAUAAUUCACAGGUAUAACAAAACAGAUGCUAUGGCUUACAUUCAGUUUCACUAACCUGGCCCAAUUGUGCUAUAAAAUGGAAAUAAUACAAUAAAGAGCUGUAACUUUCAUCAAAUAAAAUGCAAAAAUAACAGGCAUUUUGGCCACGUUGCAAUGCCUGUCCUUAGGGACAAACAUCAAUUAUUGUACAUGGUGACGCAUCAGCACACCUGAAGGUUGACGAGGAAUGGAAGUAGACAUUUAAAAAAAAAAACCUGGUAAUAAAUGUUAGUUUUGUAUGAAGUGCAAAACCUUAUAAUUUUGUCAUUUGUGUAUUUACAUUAUAUAUUACAUUUGACACAUUGUAAAUGUAACUGUCACUGAGAUAAUAUCUGAAUAAAAUAUAUUUUGAAAAAAGAAGAAAAUGAUCCAUGAGCUAAGGCAGAUAAGAUACAUUGUUAUAUCCAAAGAGAAAUGUUUUAAAUUAUUCUACAAAAAAUAAGUACUUUGUAUUAGUAACAUGGGUUUUUAUCACAGAUUCCCGGUGUUUCAUCAGCCAUUUAAUGUAUUUUCUUAACAACUUCAAACUUGUAUCCACAUUUCUACAUUACACAAACAAAAAAUAUCUUAAAUUGCUUUUAUCAUACCUGCAGGCAAAAGAUUUUGUUUGUCUACUGCAAAUGAAAAUUGCUCCUUAUCUGAAGUAGUACUAAAUAUCACAGUUCUAACUGUAAUUAUCACAGUAGCAUGAUUGAAGGUAAACACUUGUUUGCACAUAAUAAACUUGUUUUCUUAAUUUGUAAAACAAAAUUUCAAAAACAGCGAUGACAGAAAAAUUAUCUUAACAAGUUACAAAUAUAUUGAUUACGGAAUUUGAGGUGACACACACCAGUACUUUGUACCUGCAUAAGGCAAAUAAUUGACCUAGAAUUGAAAUCUAGGAACUAUGACUCUGGCCCUGUGGACCCUUGAUAGUUUCAUUGUGAAGUGAAAGAAACCUAAAAUAAUUUAUAAACAGUUAUGAACUUAGUUUUGAGAAAGCAAGUAGUAAUUGCAUAGCACAGCAAAUACCGAGAUAGUGUGUUGCUUCCAUCUUCUGUAUUAUAUGCAACAUAAAUUUAAAAAAAAAAAAAAAAUGAAAAAAAAAAAACUGUUGUGAUAUUUCUGUAUAACACUAGUAACACUUGACCACAGCACCCGAAAAUAAAACAUGUAAUUUUAACAUUCCCCACCUGCAAUAAGCUUCCUUGGGAUUGCAUGUGUGAACAUGGUAACAGAAAAAACAAUUUUUCUGUAAUUGGAACAAGCAUGUCUAAAGAUAGAUAUUUUUGAAAACAGAGAAGCUGAAAUAUGAAGGGAUUCUGUUUCUAAAGUAUUGUUUUCCUUUACAAAGAAAAAAAUGCAGCUUUUAUGGGGCAAGCUUUUGUGGGUUCAUGAAUGAGAAUAAAUUUACUUCAAAAAUGAUUUGUUCAUUACUUGCAUAAUGCAGGAAAUUCACAUAUUAAGUUUUGAAGCAGCUUUGUUAUUAGAAUUAAUAGAAUUCAGAUAAAUUAAUUUAAAUUUCACAAGUGAGAAUGGUUUGUUUAAGACGGCCAUGGCAAAUAAUUCUGCAGGAUACUUAACACAUCAGUAACAGUACACAUGGAAGACUAAGUAGUAAUGUGCAAUAUAUUUUUCUAGUUCCUUCUGAACUUUUCACCAUUAUUACACUUAAGUGGGGAGGGGGGAUUGUCACAGUGAAUAAAUUUCUCUGUCAAAAAACAUUAUGAUAAUAUGGCUUACUCACAAGUUCUUAAAAAAAAGAAAAAAUUAUAAAAAAGAGGAAUAAUCUUAUGCAGGUACAACAACCAAUCUUCCAAUUCUACUUUUUACACAUAAUUAUGAGAUUUGAACUUUUUUCCAUGAGUGUAUAUUUUAUAUUUCUAUCUUGACUUAAAAGAAAAUAACAGAAUAAUCAAAAACACACUAUGGAGACUGUGUACUUUCAUAUUACUACAGGUCAACUCCAGUUGUAGUAGCAUAGCACACUGGACUGUGUUACAAAACUAGGAAUAAAAUUAUUUAAAAAAUCCAACAAUAACAAUUGAAACAUUCAUUGUAGAAAAAUUUUAGAGUGUUAUAUAAGUCAUAAUUCACUGUCUACAUUCAUGUAUCAGACAAUUGCAAGUAGCUUUUCCUGUAGUUAUCUAUGGUAACUAAAAUUAUAUGAUACAGUGAAAAUAGGAUUGAUUUGUGCAUUGUUUAACAAGUGGCUAUACAAUAGUGCACAUGGUUUACAUAAAUUAUGUUGCAUUAUUAGGAGUAAGUCUGGUGCUUUGGACUUUGUCUGUUACUGUGAACAUACAGUCAUUCAGCAGUACUUCACAAUUAAGCACUACAGAACAACAAUUUCUGAGGGGUAACAACAAUGGGAAAGUUAAUUGUAUUAGUAAUAGCAUCAUCAGAAGAGGAAAAUUACAUUUAGGAAUUAUCGCUUUCUGAGUCGGAAUAACGCCAUUUAUACACAAAUAAAUGUACAUAUAGUAAAUGUCAUCUUUGAUUAUUUAAUACAUCUGUGACUCGUAAAACUUCCAUCAAGAAAAUUUGUACAUUUAAUGGCUGAAUUCAGUGCUGAAACAUACGAAUGAUUGUAAUAUGCUCUAAGACUAGUUUGUAUAGUUACUUUUUUGUCCAUGGUUUCUACUGCUGUUAGCACAAAGCUCUUUGCUGCAAUAUUAAGUACUUUAUCAUCUAUUUUGUUUAAUUUGUCUCUGUUGUAACAAAUAAUAUUGCACAUGACAUCUGCAUUUCAUACAAAGCAUUAUGCUAUAAUCCAAUAAAAGCAUGAGAUGGAACAGUUGAUGUAUUUUCUGUAACCACUCUACAGCUUUUUAUAUGGUGUGUCUGCUUGUGUGUGUGUGUGUGGGG